AUGUCAGACGCAGACUCCUCAUACCCACGGCCUUACAAUGGUCUCUCCCCUGCACCACGUAAUUUUUCUCUCACCCUCGAUGCUCCCCUCGUCUUGCGCCUCUCCCUUUCAAACAGCAAAGUCAAUCAAUGGUCCGACCUCAUGACCUACGACUUCCAUCGCGUCCUCUCUCACAUCUCCGUCGACCCAGACGUGGCCGUCGUGAUAUUGACAGGCGAGGGCGAAAAAGCGUUUUGCGCAGGACUGGACGUCACCUCGGGCGGCCUUGUGGAGCUUAUCGAGGACGAUCCGGCGAGGAGUGCCUGGAAGUUGAAACGGCAUAUCGACGAAUUUCAGGCUAGUUUGACUAUGCUCGAGGGAUGUGGCAAGCCGGUCAUUGCUGCCGUGCAUGGAGUUGCGUAUGGACUAGGCGUAGAUUUGAUGAGUGCUUGUGAUAUUAGGUAUGCGGAUCAAGGGGCGAGAUUUAGUAUCAGGGAGGUCCACAUCGGCCUAGCAGCAGAUAUUGGCUCUUUGCAACGCUUCCCACGAAUUGUAGGAAACGAUAGCGUGGCUCGUGAGCUGGCAUUGACGGCGCGAGAAUUUGGUGCGGAGGAGGCACAUCGCAUUGGCUUCGUGGGCAAGGUCACCAAGGGAGGCAGAGGGGGAGUCAUUGCCGAGGCCCUCGCUACCGCCAAGCUCAUCGCCGCCAAGUCGCCCGUAGCCGUACGCGCAACCAAGGCCAGCCUUCUCUACUCUCGCGACCACUCGGUCAGAGAGGGUCUGGACCACAUCGGUUGGGUCAAUAGCAGUAUGCUCCAAAACAAGGAGAUGCCCGAGGCAUUUGCGGCCGCAUUGAGCAAGAAGGAAAUGAGAUGGGGCAAGUUGUGA